GGUUAGCAAGUGGGGAGCACCAGCACUGCGGACCGGUCGGUCGCCUGCAAUUUCGCAAUCGAAGGAACAGCUGCAGCUGGCAGCGCGUUGUUGUUAUGGCUCUCACGGAUCACGGCUUCGUAGCUUAACGGGCUUCGGGAACGGGCUGCAGGGCCCAGAGGCCGGGGGCACCAUGACGGCGUCAACGCUGGUGGAGACGGUGUCGCUCAACUACGAGGACUUCAGCGAGAGCUUCCUGACGUGCAGCACGUGCCUGUGCACGUAUGACGGGGGCGAGCGCAGCCCCAAGCUGCUGUCGUGCUCGCACACGGUGUGCCGCAGCUGCCUGGAGCGUCUGGCAGUGGCCACGGGGGCCCGGGAGGGGGGCUGCCUGCGCUGCCCCAUCUGCCGCGAGGCGGUGCCCCUGCCGGAGCCAGGGGUGGGCGCCCUGCCGCCCAGCUUCCUGGUGAACCAGCUGCUGGACCUGGUGGCCAGCCGGCGCCGGGAGGUGGUGCCCAAGUGCGCCACCCACCCGGGGGCCCCUGAGCUGCUCUUCUGCGAGAGCUGCGACCAGGCCUUCUGCGGCGUCUGCCUGGGGGACGCCCACGCCGACUCCCACCACACCGUCGUGCCCUUCUCCAUCGCCGUCAAGCGCAUGUCCGAGAUACUCCUCUACAAGGCCCAGCUGUGCCUGAACAAGCUGGAUGCCGCCGUGGAGGCCGUGGGUACCGAGAUUGCCCAGCUGGACCAGUCUGCGGAGGAAGUGACGGAUCAGGUGGAGGCCUCCUUCCGAGAGGUUCAGGACCUCCUGGAGCAGCGCCGCAAGACGCUGCUGGCAGCCCUGCAGGCCCUUUGGGACGGCAAGAAGGGCCUGCUCCAGGAGCAGUUAGACCUGAUCCAGGCAGAGCGGUCCCGGCUGGAGCGAGAGUGCGGUGCCACGGACGGGCAGUUGGAGGUCCGUAACCUCACCAAGAAGAUUUCGGACCUGGACUCCAAGAUGGGCUCCCUGGGCCUGCUGGCAGAGCCCCGUGAGAACUCGUACCUCCGCUACGACUACGGCCACAACGGCGCCCUCGAGGACGUCUCCCAGGCGCUGGGGGUCUUCGGCCGCCUGCAGACGAGCCGCACCUUCCCGCCGCUCUGCACCCUGGCUGUGGCGGACUGCCCCGCACACCUCGAGGCGUCGGCCGUGCUCCGGACGUUCGACUACGAAGGCAGGCCACGCACGACAGGGGGAGACCCCGUCACGGUCGAGUUGACCGAGUCUGAGGGGGAGAAGAAGCAGCUGGACGUGCGGCUGACCGACCUCGGCACCGGAGAGUACGUCCUCGCGUUCCGGCCUCCGCGGGUCGGCCGCUACAGCCUCGCUGCCGCCGUGCUGGGACGCUCUCUCCAGGGCAGCCCCUUUGAGUUCGCCGCCACCAACGGCGUGGACCCCGACGUCGUCUUCGGGCGCCGCGGGAGUGGCGACGACUGCUUCCUUCAGCCAGUGGCUGCAGUCUACGGACCGGGAGGAUUGGUCUAUGUGCUGGACACGGGGAACUGCCGCAUCAAGGUACUGACGCCCGAGCUCGCCUUUGUGCGGCACCUCGCGGGCGUCGGGGUAGAGGAACGGGGCGGCACGGGACUGGCCGUGUCGCCCUCGGAGGGAACACUCCUCGUUUGCAACUGGAAGACGCGUCGCGUCACCGAGUUCGAUGCCGAGGGAACCGUUGUGCGCGGGUUCACCCACGCCGAGCUCCGCGAGCCCACGACGCUGGCCGUCAACUCUGUGGGGGACGUGUUUGUGGUCGACAGCAGCGAGCGCUGCGUCUUUGUCUUCGACCGCGACGGGGCACUCAAAAAGAGGAUCGACGGUCGCAUUGUCUCUAGCGGCUUCAAUCCGAGCGCCAUCGGGGUGGCGCCCGACGACCGCAUUCUUGUUGCCGGAUCAACCAUCUAUGUUUUAGACUCCGACGGGAAACCGGCGGAGACAAUGUUCCGGGAGGGCAGGGGCAAGGGCCGCUUCAGCGGACUCUGUUUCGAUUCCGAAGGCCGCGUGCUGGCCGCGCGGUCCGACAGGAGCAAAAACAGCGUACUGCUUUUCAACGCUGUCGGUGGAGCGCUUGCAUUCACCAUCGAGAGCCGGAGCGGUAGGCUGGGGCGUCCCGGCGGAGUGGCAGCACUGCCCGGCAGUCGCGCAGCCGUGGUGGACCUCGGCAACAACUGCGUCAAGAAGUACCGCUACCAGUGAGCGCACCGCUCGAUCGGAAGUGCCGGCUUCCGUCUCUUUUUCGUCACGAGCACGAGCUAGUCAGGGGCUUUUCCACCUCGUGCUCAAGUGUGGCGGUGUUUGCAGCGGCCUGCGAACAUUUGUCGCUUAAAGGGACCACGAGAUGGAAGCGAAUGGCGGUAAACGGUACGAUCCCUUUCUUGCACACAUCGCCGGAGGCAGCCUUGUGGAUUUUUGUGGUGCGUUUAGUACCGCAAAUGCUCAUUGGCUGCGUGAAAUUUCCUUUAUCCUGUUCAGCUACAGCUUCCUAGGCCUAUUGCAGGAAUUAAUCUGGUUAUCCACCUCCAGGCUUGAGAUGACCCUUCCUUCGUUGGUUUCACUGGUCACCUCUUACAGGUGACUGUAUGUGCAGGAGGAACACGAGUAGAAGGGGGAACACCAAUGGAAGUCUAGGAAACGCUUUUUAGAAUAAAAAAAGAAAUACUUGCAGACAAAAGCAAACUUUUGUGAGUGUUGUACAAUAUGAAUAAGAAUUUAUAUCUUGAGCACUAGAAAGUCAAAGCAAGACAAUCCUUUCGUGGUCCCUUUAAAAGUGAGGUUCUCUUUGCUAGCUAAUUCAAUGAACAAAUGCCGCUAUUCAUUAAAAACAGCGCGGCUCUCCGCACCAGAAUCGCAACGAGGGAAAGUGUAUGCUGCCUACAAUCAGCGUCUUCUUUCCAGCCACCUAAGUCCCAAUUGCACGCACGACCCGUCUCGUCACUCUUUCCUUCAUUUGCUCGUCCAUUCAAGCAAUCGCAGAUAGGUACUCAACAUGAUGGAAAACGCCAUUUGCACGAGUGCACAUGGCUAUUUGAAGACCUACUGUUACGGUAGCCGCUAUAACUUGCGUAAUGUACAUGGUUCUGUCUUGACCACGAGUGAGAACCAAUCCUACGUUUAGACUAACGCCUGCUGCGGUGUACGCUUUGUGUCGCGUUGCCACGCUGUUAUUCAGCAGACAUCUUGUAUACAAUGAGCAUGCUUGGGACAGCACAAUCUAUCCGUGCGCUCCGAAACCCUAGCUUCUUAGUGCAUCGCUGUUGAGUAGUAGAGAAGUGUGGCACAGUUUUGAAGCUCACUAGAGCUGUCGGACAGGAGCAGGCGAUCCUUUCAGUCUCCCGCAGUUGGGAAAUACCCCGCCUACGUCAGUCGCUGCAGCUAAGCACAGGUGUUCCCCCAGUUGUGCGCAUCCUUUUCUUCUUUCUUUUUGGUUUGUGCAGACGAGGAAUCCAUAAUUUUUUUUUUUGCUGACGUACAUACAAGACACGGUUACACGAAAGCAAGACGUUACCUCCACGCGAGCUCUUUCUCAUAAACAGAUGCCUUGACCUUGUUUAUUUCCCCAUUUUUUUUACUUAGGCUUUUUUGACAUAGAAUAUAGUCCUCUGACCAGCUGUUCUCGCCAGUGGCGUAAGCAAGUCAGCUUGCCACACUGGUUGUCAUAUUUUUAAACUGCUCUGCCAAACUUUCACCUUCUUUUGUGUGUCAUGUUUUUGUUUCUAGUCAUUGCAUAGUGACAGAUAGUCUUUUGUGAUUUAACCCUGGCACUAGUAUCAAACAGUCUCAUACUGUCUGCUAAUUUCUGCAAUGCUAACAUUGCUUUUUGGAAUCUCAUUUGCUUCUUAACUCAACUGAUCAAGCUGGCAAUACAUGGAAGGUUGAUGACAUUCAGAGCUGGUUUUGCUUUUGCCAGUGACUGCAGGACUUUUACCAGGGUGUCUUUUUACUAUUUUUAUAUGUAGCAAAAUGGCUUUUCGCGUGCAGAAAGUCCGCGGACAAUUAAUUUUGCUGUCAUGUUGCCUGAAAGUGGUUGUCAUUUUGAAAUGUUUCAUGCAACUGUUUUUUGUUGCCAUGUUUCUUGCCAUCGGACGUUUACAGAAUGAGGUUGAUGGUGUCCAAAGCAUGCUAAACAUUGAGAACUGGGGCCGACUCGCAUGCCUUUCCUUAUGCACCACGAAGAAUUGCAUAUUUUAACCCUCUUUACUACUAUCUUAUUAUUCUGUGACUUAUUCCCUUCAAACUCAAUUGAUUGAAUGCCUGUUUCUUGAGGACCAAGAUUGCAAAUCAUUAGCUACAGUGCUGAUCAUGUUGAAAAGUGGCUUCAUUGUUCUCUCAUACUUACUCGAUGUAUGAAACCCACCCCUAUGGCGCUUUUAGGCUGCGUCUUGUGUCUAUGUGAUAAAAUCAUUCUUUUAAAUUUUCAAUUUCCUACAUAUUUUCUGACACCCUUGGAAGAUAGUGCCACUUUUGAAACUGCUUUUCAAAGUAAGGUUGCCCAAAUUCAUUUUGUUAGCAUCUUUGCAAAGGGAAUUACUUUUUUAAGCAAACAUUUUUAAGGUUGAAGUAGCUGGUGUUAUUGUACCCAAAGGUUUGCAAAGCUACUGAAACUUUGUUUGGGUGUUUAGUUCUACAACUUGCAAAAACUGUUUCUUCUGUAACCGAGCCAAAACCAAUGUCAGGAUUUUGUUUGUGCUUAAUACAAAGAAUGUGCGCGCCCUUAUUCGGGUACUGGGUACUGCACACUAAUGUUCAACUUCCACAGCACAUGCCUGUUUUCAAGGGGCUAGAGCAAGGCACGAAAGCCUUUAUGCACUUAAAAACAAGCUCUAGGUUCGCAAACUAGCUCAGCACUUUUAUUGUAUGACAGAAGUCUCAAAAUGUAAAGUUACUAUUUUGAAGAAAAAAAAUCGAUAAAACUUUAUUAAUUUUUUUUUUUUUUAAUUGGGGGAUUGCCUUUAUUGGCUGCUGUCACAAAUGAUCUGAUUGAAGAAAAAAAACAAGGAAAGCAAUUAGUCAGGCAAAUUGUUCCUCAUAUAUCUAGUGUUUUCUUUUUUGCAGUUUGGCAGAAAAUGUAUGAGAUGUAAUGUUAAAGUGUAGUGAGACCUGUUUGUGCUAUGCCCUAUCACACACAAUGCCUCCGGAGGCCGGCAUGGCACCCGGGGUGCUGAACAAUCAUUUGCCAAAGACAUUUUUCCUUUUUCCUUUUGUAUUUCAUUUUACAAAUGCACUUGGAUCCUUCGUUCAAGUUUGUUGUGGCAAGGUCUCAGUUUUAAUCACAAUCAUGCCAAUCUUUCUGUGAAUUGUGACCGAUUCAUAUUUCUUUUACCCCGUGUCGAUUUUGCCUUUCCAGUGCCGUUACAAUCUUACCAUGUGAAUGUGUUGUGCAUAACCAAUAGACCUCGAGCGCUUUUGCUGUCAAUUGUGUGCUAGCCUGACACCGUAAGCCCUUAUCAAUAUAUAGGAAGCUUAUUUUUCAACCUAGAUGGCUCUUUCUAGCGCACUAACGUUGCAUGUGGUCUUGAGUAGACUGUUGUAACCCAGUCAUUAGCUUCAGUACAACACAAAGGAAUGUAUAUUUUGACCGUAAUUUAUAGAGGGAGAAAAAGAGAGAGAGAGCAACUGUCGUGUGCAACGUUUUUGCAACGGCGAUGCAAGGUGUAAAAGAGACGAAUCGACCACUAAACAACGUUCUCAAGCUCCGUUUAAUAACGCCACACGCAGAUGACACCACAAACGUUUUAAUUUUCCGAGGUAGGUGGCAAAAUACGACUGCCCACAUUUAUUUUCUUGCAAAGCAUACUGAUAGCUUGUCGCAGCAAUCUACGGAAGAUCAGCAUAUGAUAAGUGUCAUGGUUAAGGAGCUUAGAAAUGCAAUUUGCACUGGGUUCCGAAUAUGUGAUUGUCAAUGUUUCUUUAGGAAUCCAAUAUUGUGACAUUCUUGUAAUUCGCCAAACUUUUUCCGUAAACUGCAACGAUUACACGACUUUCAUGUGCUCUGUAAGAAAGUGAAUGCAAGGAGUUUGAAACUACCUAUUGUUAGGUUGUCAACCUCCUUAAACUUGCAAAUUUUAUGGUGUUGUUCGGCAUUUAAAGAUUUCGUUUGCCUCAAAAGUUGCGCAUCCUUUUGUCGAGCGUAACUAUACUGGUACACAGUUGAUCUGGCAUCUGCGUCGCCGUUGCAAGUUCCCUAUGCAUGUUUAGAGUGCUUGCCGUUGGUGGCUCUUGCGACAUCAAAGCUGGCUUUGAGUGAGGGCCUAGACAAGCUCUGUGCAUACAAUUUUUGUGGCGAAUAAAUGCUCCUACCAC